AAACACUCGACGGCUUUGGCACGGAUCGGACGGGAAAUCAAGCUGCUGCCACGACGACAGCGCGAUACGGCAAGAGUUUCACGAGAAUUUGAUUUUUGGAAAACGUCAGAUUUUGGAAAAUCCCCAAAAAGAUUACAAAACUAUAUAAAAAUAUAAAUACCAAUGCAUAAAUAAAUAUAUACAUAAAUAUUUCAAAAUACAACAAGUGGAAAAGAUCUAAAAUAAAUUGUACAGACUGUGUUACGUUUCGGCUUCACUUCAUUUUUCUAUAAAUAACCGAAAAAAUAUAGUGGAAAGAAAGUGAACAAGUGCAAAAAUUAGGUAUCUCUCUACCUAAAUAUAUAUUACAUAUACAUAUACAUAGAUAUCUAGUAUCUAUAUAAAACGUGUGCCGCCUUUUUUUAUACAAAUUAUCGAUCAAAUACAUAAGUUCCCCAACGUCAGGCAUAUCGCAACAGCAUAAAAACUCUUCUAAUUGCGGGGUUUUUUUUGGUGAAUGUUCGGAUGGAUAUGCCCAUAGUAUUGACCAACGAAACGAGGACAUUGCCAUUUGUGGCUCAUUAGAGGACACCGACGCGUUGGCAGAAGCCAGAAGGGGCAUUUCCCCUGGAUGAGGUGCCAACUGGUGAAAGAAAGAGCACCAAACAAACAAAUAAAACAUUAAUCACCACAAAAACACCAUCCAAAUCUCAGAUUAUGAGACAUGCAACAGACAAAAGAAAAGAAAAGAACAUCAAGAACAUCAGAACAUCAAGAACAACCAGAACCACAGCACGAACCACCACGAAAUGCUUAAAGCACGAAAAUAGAAAAUUCUAGAUUUGGCAAAUUAGAAUUUCAUUUCACCAAGGCGAAAGGCAAAGCGACGCGAGGCGAGUCGAGCCAAUAGCCUAACCACAGAAUUUCCCCCGAGAAAAGCCAGAGUGCCGAGCCACAAACAAUAGACAAUAUGGUGGACGACAUCUCUCCCAUGCACUAUCGCAUGCAGAAGAAGACACGCAGCGCCUCCAUUUGCGCCACGGGGGCCAGCAUUGAGACGGUCAUCCAUGGCCUGCCCACCGCCUCGGGCAGCGCCACGCCGGAGGGCGGCACGCCCGGCUACCGACGACGCCGGCCGGCCACACGCUCCCAAAGUGCUCGCAUCACAUCGGGUGCCAGAUCGGUUCGCCAGCGCACCAAGGCCCAGCAGCAGCAGCAACAGCAACAGCAGCACACGCUCCAGGAGGCGCGAUCCUAUUGCAACAGUGAGCCGCGUCUCAGCGAGACGGAGACGCCACCGCAGCGACGCAAGCUUUCGCAACGUCGGCCACAGCCACACGGACACAGAAAAUCGAACGCCUUCCUGGACGUGCCCACCAUGAAUAUGCAUCACCUGCGCGUCAACGAUGACGACGAGGAUGUGGACAGACUGCGCACAUUCAGCGCAUCCAAAGGAGGCAUCAUUAAUCGCGGCGACUCGUUCCGACGUCGACGGUCGCGCAGCAACAGCCUGGCUCCAUCCAGCCCCAUGCACGCCCGCAACGGUGGCGGCGGUCUGGGUGGCAACGCGGGCGGUGGCAGCAGCCAGGGCCUGGGCUCCGGCUACAAUGGCGGCAGCAGCAGCAACGGAUUUGGACACGGACAGAAUGCCCAGGAAAAUCACCAGCCGGUGGAGUUCUAUCGCGUGGAGAUGCUGGGAUCGGCGGGCGUGGGCAAGCAGGCCCUGGUCUCACAGUUCCGCACCUCGGACUGCAUCAAUGCCUACGAUGGCCCAGACUGCGAUGAGGCCGAGCAGAACAUCUCCAUCAUCUUGAAUGGCACCGAGUCGGAGCUCAAGUUCCUCACUGGCAACCCGGAGAGCAAGGACGAACUGGAAGAGGCGGAUGCAUUUCUGGUGGUCUACUCUUGCAUUGACAAGGAGUCCUUCACGAGGGCCAAGCAGAUACUAUCGCGACUGCAAGACAUGGACUUGCACCGCCAUCGCCCCAUCAUUCUCGUGGCCAACAAAAUUGAUUUGGCCCGCUCACGCGCCGUCUCUGCCCAGGAUGGAAAAUGUCUAGCCUGUGCGUUCGGAGCCAAGUUUAUCGAGGUCUCGGUGGGCAUCAAUCACAAUUGCGACGAGCUGCUGGCUGGAACCCUCACCCAGAUACGCCUCAAGAAGGACCAGAAUAUGUUGCAGCUGAAUCCGAAAAAAGCAAAAGAUAAAUAUAAAAUUAAAGAUAACAAGAACGUAGAGACUGUAGAAACUGAUCAAUUUCUGACUGAUCUUAAGGCCGACGAUGGGGGCCAUCGGGACGGCAGCUCUCCGGCACAUUGGUACAAGAGCCGCAGCGUUAUGUUGGCCAGCAUGAAGGCCCGACAGAUGCUCACCUGGAUACUGGGCAAGGAGGACUCCAAGUUCAAGCACUGCGAGAAUCUGCAAGUGCUAUAAGCCCGAGGCAAAACAAAACAAAAAUUAAUGUAAGCCUACAUAGGUAUGUGUGUGAACUGUAUUGAUAUGUGAAUAUGUGUAUAACCCAAACCCCAAAGCAGAUGGCUUUAUCCCGCCCAAUAUGUAAACAGGUUUCGAUAGUUCGAAGCAGGCAAAUCACCCUCUCUGUCCCGCCCCCCAGCCACUGUCCAGAUGUAAGCCACAAUUCGCGUUAACAAUUUACAAUUUCUGAUGUGUAACCUAAGCCUGAUAAUCAAACAACAACAAUUAAAUCAAAUUUAAUGCUAAUCAAAAUCAAUCGAUCGGCGAUUGAGAUAGAAUAUUAAGCAGAGCAACUUAAUGGAACCAAGCGAAGCAGCAACAAAGAACAACAAAAUAUUUACUAUACUACUUACCAUGUACUUAACUAGCAACUUAAAUAACUUUUCUAAGCUAUGAGCAUGUUAGAGGGGAUAUUUUUCAAUAGCUGACUAGCAGAAAUGGAAUGUACGUACUAUUUACAAGGAAUACGGAGAAUACGAUGUAGGAAAAGUGUUCCCCAUACCAAAUAUUGGUUAUAAAUGUUAAGCCAAUGCUUUCUAUAAGAUUUAUAUGUGUAUGAAUAUAUAUGUGUAUCUAUCUAAUCAUAUAGCUCAGUAUCCGUUGCAUUAUCUUGAGUUUCUAAUACAUAAGGGGAGUCUUACAGGGUCUUGAAUCAAAAGAUAGUUGUCUUCAUUGCGCUUGAAAUGAUUUGAAACACAACAAAUAAUAAUAAUAAUAACCAUUUAUGGGUGUCCAUCUUAUAUGCAUAGAUAUAGAAUUCAAUAUUCUUUGUGUCUUCCCUAGUCCAAUAUGUAUGUGUGUGUAAGUGUAUCUAUAUGUUAGGGAUUCAUAGAUGUAUGUAUAUCCUCCUUAAAAAUGCAUUGCAAUGUAUGGAAUUGGAAUGUCAUCCACUGAGACGGACACGAACAGAAAAUUUGUAAAUGUGCUCGAUGUGGAAACUUGGGGGAAAAAGCCACAAUAAUUAUAUAUUGGAAAGUAAAUAGAUUUGUGUGUGUAUAUAUGCAUAUUGGCAUAGGUUCCGUGUAUGUACCAUGUAUGUAUGAAGUAUAAAGUAUAAUAAAUA